ACAACACCACAUCCGACAAAAUGGCACCUGCAGCAACUGGAGGCAAGAAGCAGAAGAAGAAGUGGUCCAAGGGCAAGGUCAAGGACAAGGCCCAGCACGCCGUCGUUCUCGACAAGGCGGUCAACGACAAGCUCCAGAAGGAUGUCCAGUCCUACCGCCUGAUCACCGUUGCCACCCUUGUCGAUCGUCUCAAGAUCAACGGCUCGGUCGCACGGAAAGCCCUCGCCGAUCUCGAGGCAAACGGCCAGAUCAAGAAGGUUGUCGGUCACUCCAAGUUGUGCAUCUACACACGAGCAGUCGGCGCAACAGAAUAAGCGGCUCGCCAUAACGAUGGAUGCAGGACUCGGGUGCGCUCUUUUCAACCUUUUCAACGACAAUUCCUCUUUCCCAGUUACCGAUCGGCGUCUUCACGAGAUGGAUGGGUCACAUAUAUUGGGCAUGCUUCAUAGCGGACAUGAGUGGAGGGGAUGGGCCCAGGUAUAGCUCCG